AUGCAUAUAACUAAAGAAGAUGUGCUCAAGAAGCUUGCUAAGCUAAAUCCCAACAAAGCCCAGGGUCCAGACAACAUCCCAUCAUCCAUCCUCAAACAAUGUGCCACUGAACUAGCUGCCCCGCUGGCAACUCUAAUGAAUAGGUCACUGCAGGAAGGAGUUAUACCAUCCGAGUGGAAGCUAGCCCAUGUUUCACCUAUCUUCAAAAAAGGCAAAAAAGACACCCCCGGAAACUAUCGUCCAGAUGACUUGAACAGACUCCAGCUCUGGUCUGAUGCUUGGCAAUUGAGGUUUAACGCAGAAAAGUGCAAAGUUAUGUACAUUGGGAAAAAUAGAAACCCCUGUGAGUACAAGAUGACAUCCAAAGGUGAACGCAUCACUCUAGAAUCUGUAUCUGUGUCACUAGAAAAAGACCUAGGUGUGAAUAUUGAUAGUGAUCUAAAAUUCAGCAAACAUGUCAGUAUCCAAGUCAACAAAGCCAACAAUCUUCUAGCACUGAUCCGGAGAGGUUUCACAAUGCUGGACAAAGUGUCCCUUUCUACUCUGUACAAAUCAAUGAUUCGUCCUCAUCUUGAGUAUGGAAAUGUGGUCUGGUACCCCAGACUUAAAGGUGAUGAAGAACAACUUGAAAAAGUGCAACGUCUGGCCACAAACUAA